GACGAACUCCCCAUGGACAUGUUGUUAGGUAUGUACUACCUCUCUAUGGCGCAGCCCCAGUUUGACACGGACCGAAAAGUGGUCAAACACACUUUGCCAGGUGGAGGGACCGCCAGAUUGCGUAAGUUCAAAGCUAGUACUCUGAUUGAGUCCCACGGAUGCAUGUGUGCGGCCGCAUUUUAUAAUUAUUAUAAGCAAAAUCAGGAGGAGGGUAUGUACCUAGUUUAUGUCACUGCUGCAGGCGAGCCGGUGAAAAUGCCGCCGGAGAUAGAGGGAGUAGUUGCUAAGUACCCUGAUCUAUUUGAAGAGCCGACAGGGGUUGUUGAGAGGGAGGUCGUCCACGCGAUAGAGAUUAUCCCAGGGUCUAGCAUCCCAAAGGGUACGAUCUAUCGGAUGUCUCCAGGCGAGCUCGAUGAGCUUCACCAACAACUCAAGGUACUCGUAGAGAAGGGUUGGAUCCGGCCGAGUGUCUCUCCUUAUGGGUCUCCAGUACUAUUCGUACCUAAGAAGAAGGAGGGAACACUUAGGAUGUGCAUUGACUAUAGGGGCCUCAAUGCCAUCACUGUUAAGAACAGAGAGCCCCUACCGUGCAUCGACGAUUUGCUAGAUAGAGAGCAAGGGUGUUCAUACUUCAGUAAGAUAGAUCUGAAGUCCGGGUACCAUGAGGAUCAACACAAAACCGCAUUUCAGACCAGGUACGGUCUGUACGAGUUUGUGGUGAUGCCUUUCGGUCUUUGCAAUGCUCAGCACACUAUGAAUCGGAUCUUUCAUGACUACUUGGAUAAGUUUGUCAUCAUGUGCCUACUUAUUUUUAGUAAGACUGUCGAGGAGCACGUUGCACACUUGGACAAAGUCCUGAGUCUUCUGCGACAGCACAAGUUCAAGAUCAAAGGUGAGAAGUGCGAGUUUGGCCGCACCCGUGUCUUGUAUCUGGGUCAUGAGAUUUUUGCGGAGGGAUUGAAGCCCGAUGAUGCGAACGUGGCCAGCAUUCGUGACUCGCUGUGCCGUCAGUCUGUGAUUGAGAUGAGAUCUUUCUUAGGGAUGACCAGCUACUAUCGCAAUUUCGUGAAGAACUAUAGCAUAGUUGCCGCCCCUUUGACUAAUCUGACCCGGCUUGACACCCCAUGGGAGUGGACUGAGAGAUGCGAGGCUGCUUUCAAACAUCUGAAGCAUGCGUUGACGCAUUACAAGGUCUUGAAACUUCCUGAUCCUGAUAAGCCAUUUACAGUAACUACGGAUGCUAGCCAAUAUGGCAUAGGCGCCGUACUUGCACAACAGGAGGGGAAAAAGUUGACGCCAGUUGAGUACAUGUCCAAGAAAAUACCGUCUCAUAAGUUGGCUAAGUCUACCUAUGAGAAGGAACUCUAUGCGGUUUACAAGGCUCUGACCCAUUGGAGGCACUACCUCCUUGGGAGGUUCUUCAUCCUCGGGACUGAUCAUCAGAUCCUGAGAUGGAUGAGAACUCAGCCGGUACUCUCUGACGCUCUCAAGCGUUGGAUCGAAGUCAUUGAGCAGUAUGACUUCGAGCCCCAGUACAUCAAGGGCGAGUACAACAAGGUUGCUGACGCCUUGUCGCGUAAACCUGAUUUCUCAGGUGCGCUGAUUACUGAGUUCAAUCUUGUGGAAAAUGUUACUCAGUCUUUGGUGGAAGCCUAUCGCGAGGACCCGUUUAUGGUCGAGAUCAUACGCAGACUCGAGGCGAAGGACAAAGGGACUUCUGCCGAGUUUGAGUUGGUCAACGGCCUGCUGUUCCUUGAGAAGGCAGGGAAUAAACGUUUGUGUGUGCCUAAUUGGGAGUCUUUGCGUAGUUUAUUUUUAGGGGAGUGUCAUGAUGCCACCGGCCAUUUUGGGUACAAGAAGACCGCAGCUAACCUGCUGCAGCGGUUCUGGUGGCCCACAAUGAUGAGAGAUGCCCAACUGUGCGUGGAGACUUGUCAGGUCUGUCAGAGAGACAAGCCACGUACUCAGGCUCCUCUUGGGCUCUUGAAGCCCCUUCCGGUUUUGGAAAGGCCUGGUGAGAGUUUGUCCAUGGACUUCAUGGAUACGCUGGUUACCAGCAAGAGUGGGAUGAGACACAUUUUCGUCAUUGUGGAUAGAUUUAGUAAGUAUGCUAGAUUAAUAGCCAUGCUGGAGACUGCGAAGACCGAGUACGUAAUCAGAUUGUUCAAAGAGAACUGGGUCAGGGAUUUUGGAUUGCCCAAAUCCAUAGUGAGCGACAGAGAUGUCCGCUUCACUAGCGGAUUGUGGAAGGCCGCUGCUGCAGAGCAGGGAACCCAGUUGCAGAUGACUUCUAGGAAUCACCCAGAGGCCAACGGUCAGGCCGAGCAACUGAAUCGCGCUGUACAACACCGAUUGAGGCAUUACAUCAAGCCCAACCAGGUGGAUUGGGAUGAGAAGCUUGCUCUCAUCGCCAGUCUGUACAACAACGUUGUACACAGCGCCACCGGCGUGAGCCCAAGCAGUUUGCUAUCGACUUUCAAGCCUAGACUACCCUUAGACUUUCUCCUUUCUGAGAAUCAGUCAACUGCUGCACCAGGCACUUUAGAGUUUGCCUACAGGUAUGAACAGAAGAUGGAGGCGGUAGAACAGAUGCAGAAGGCACGGGCAGCAAUGAUAGAGUCUGAGAAUAGACACCGCCGACCUUCUACGUUUCAGGUUGGGGACAGAGUCUGGGUAAAGUCCUCAGAACUGGGACAGGAGUACGGGAUUUCUCACAAACUGAUGCCACGAUACUUUGGGCCACGGGAAGUCUUACAUAUUGUCGGGACUGAACCAGAUGGACCAUCCUAUGUAAUUCGGUUCCCUGGUCAUCUCCGUACUUACCCUGUCUUUCACGCCUCCAAGCUUGCACCUUUCAAAGAAACAGAUCAGUUUCCAUCUCGUCGCUCAAUGCUGCCCCCAACCAUGGAUGGAGAGGUGGAUAUCGAUGAUAUCGUGGACCACAGAGAGCUGCCAGUUCCAAGACCAACAGGCAGGGGACGUCCUCCGAAACCGAAGCUGCAGUACCACGUUCGGUUCCGACAUCAUACUGAUCCUAAGGAGGACCGCUGGUUCACCAGGGAGGAACUUAUGCAGACCGCUCCUCAAGUUGUAGCGCAUUACAAGAAAUCUCUGCAGAAAGGAAAGCGCCCGAUGGUCGAAGACUGAGCUUCUCAGAGGACUGUUGAAGCUAAGAAGGAGGGAAUGCGAGGCCACUGCCUCUAUGAGCCCCAUUC